AUGAUCGAUCCGCCUUUCCCUCAGUCAGCUGCCCUUUCCAAGCAUCGCCUUACCCCUCAACCGAAUCGUAGCCAACCAAGUCCUCGCCAGAAGCCUCCUGCAAGCGCGAAGAGUUCGGACGAGGCUAUCAACUACAUCCCCGGUGAACCUAGCAUAGACCUCAACGAGACUGUGGUGCACAGCUUCCUUUCAUCAGAGCUUAGUACCCCGCUCCUCGAUGAGCUCUAUGACAACCUCUGGCUCGUUGCGCGAAAGUAUGGCAAGAGUGUUGACCCUCUGCACAGGCAAAAGGUCAAAGCAAGGGAGAUCGUUGUAACAGAAGAUGUAAAACUGCAUCUCGUGUGGCACUACAACAAAAUAUACAUCAAGCCGAUGCCACUCUGUCUGCUAAACCACGACUUCUGGGAUAUGUACCUCUCAUUGCCAGCCGACAGCACCUCUUCAAACCAGGGAGCCUCCGCUAUUCCAGCUCCUCCCGCCCUGUCGUUUGACCGGACGAUUGCGCUAGGCUUUAUAAGGUCGUACGCCUUGCUUGUGCGGCACCGCGUCGACUUUAUGCUUGCUCGCGAAUCCCAUCUUUUUCCCGCCGACCUUGACUGGGUCGAAUGGUCCGAGUUCAUCGCUCAUUUUCGGGCUCUAGAGGAUGAAGACGUCGCGAAGCGCUUCCACUAUGGGCAGCUCCGCCUUUCGCGAUUAAAUUGGGCGGUCCGUCUGUUUCGACCUUCGCACGCAGCGACUUGGUGGUUCUAUGAAAUCCCUCACUGGUCAACAGCCAUGUAUCUAAAGCAGGCAGUCGGACCACUGCUCUUCGGCUUCGCCAGCUUGUCUUUAGUUCUGUCAUCCAUGCAAGUUUUGGUGUCAAUCUCAGGUGAAGGGCUAGGAUUCCACCACGUUGGUGCUUCGUCGCUUGAAGAUAUGAGACGAGCUUUUUGGGUGUUCUCAGUUAUGAUGUUGUUAUUGUCAGGACUUGUUUGGGUGCUGCUGAUGGCCAUCCCAUGCACUGUUCUUAUCUGGCAGCUUGCAUGGGGUUUUAAGAAUAGAGGUAAACCCAAACCUAAGACUCCAGAAUAG